AUGAGAAAAGAGGAGAGGAUAGACAUAGGUGACAGACAAUAUAAACCUUACAUCACAGGGGAACCGGAAGUGUUGCCAGUUCCGUUAGACGGUACCGAAGAUUUUCUGGUCGUGGCCUGCGAUGGAUUUUGGGAUUGCGUCGAUGAGGAGAAAACUGCUGCUGUCCUCUACGAAAUAAUUGAACGAGAUCUACAAAAUUACAAGGAGGCGAGUUGCUAUUUGGUAGACCUCGCAAAACGUUUGCAGUCGCAGGAUAACAUCUCCGUGAUCGUGGUCUUCCUGACCCAUCCGGCGGAGAUCGCAGCAAAGUUAAAACGAUUUCGGUCGUCCUUUGCGACGAGAAUGGAUCCCGAUUCUCCGCAGGACGUCCAGCUAGCAGCAAACUACAACACAGUCGAAGCUGGAUCCUAUCCCUUCGAAAUGAAUUUUGGUACACAUGAUGAGAUUUCAGCCCAGCAUCCAGGAAACAUUCAUGCGGUAGAUGCUGGAUGCUGCCCAUACGAGAUGAACUUUUCGAAACAGCAAGCACCACAGCAUACCAAUGGAUCCGCACAUCUGGAUCCAGAAAACUUGAUCUACGAAAAAUCCAGUAAUGGUGAACACGCGAAUGGUUCUGCGGAUUACGAUGACGACGAGGAUGAAGAUGACUUGGGACCAGAAACAGAUGUCGACGCCGUCGACGAGACCAGCGAAACAGUCGUCCCUUGCGAAAAAAUCUCGCGCGAGCUUUUUCCAGAUAUGCCCGCAUCUGAGAACGAUAAAUUUCGCAGUGAGGAGGAAAAAUUCCAGGCUGAGUCUCCUGCUUCUCCAGACCUCGAGGCUGAAUCUCGUCAACAUGAACUGCUUCCUGAGGCAGAUAAUGUAGCGGACAGCGAGGAUUCCGAGGACGAGUGGAAUUACUACCGCGUCGAGCCAGAUAAGGACAAAGAUUCUUCUGUUCUGGUGAACGAGCCUUCCAGUGAAUCCAAGGAGGAGAAGGAGGCUUGCAGUCCAAAGCCUCUUAUCGAAGACGACUCCGAAAGCGAGCCUCUGAAAGAAGAAUCAAAUUGCAAUUCAAAAAGUGAGACCGAAUUGAGAACACCGUCGCCUGGACUUACAGACACAGAGUGUACUGCCGAGACCAGAAACCCUGAAGAGGAUUUCACCUUCAGAAAGCAGCCCGAAUCUGAACUCGAAGACAUGGAGUUCCACUUGAAUCCCGACGCGAAGGAAUUCAUCCCGCCUUCGAUGUUUCCACAGCGCAUGAAUGUCCCUGAUUUUCCCAUCUCUGGGUCUCCGCUCAAGCAGAUACCCACCGUGAUGGACGAUAUUCCAAUUCCCAGCGAAAGCGAGUUCGACGAGGAAAUUUCUCACAGGCCGAGCGACAUCGAAGAUGAAGGCUCGCCUUUGUCAAAACCCCUGGAUCCCGAGUACAAAAUCAGCCUCGAUGACUCAGAAAUUUCCUCCACCAAAGCCGAAUUCGGCGACGAAUCCACCACAAGUUUUCUCACCACGAGCGAAUUUCAGAGAACCGGAGUCUCCGCGAUGGAUUGUUCCUUUACAGGUUCUGAUCGCGAAGACUACGACAUCUCGAAAGAUCCGAUGGCUAUGUCCUUCACUCCUAGAGAUUUCGAAGCCGCUUUUGAAAAGGGAGUCGAUCUGAAUGCCGUUCAUGAUCUUUCUGAUGUUGACUUUUCGGAUAAUAUGAAUGGAGUUCACGACGAUGAUAUGAAGAGUCCAGAAUUGGAAUCCGUCGAGGAAAAGGAAGAAAUUUCGGAGGAAAACGAACCCCUUUCCCCUUUUGUGUUAGAGUCGCCGACAGAAACUCUGGAACGGAAAUCGCAGAAUCCGUUCGAUAUGGAGAUUUUGAAAGAGACGCUAAAAGAAGAAAACUUUAAAUCUGCGGAAGCCACUGAGCCGGAGGCUGAAAACGAUGAGGUUCAAGCUUGUUUAUUCAAUUCAAACGCAGUGCCUUUUGCGCAAAAUAUGCAGGAAGACAAGGUCUCAGAAUCUGGGAACUCUCAGCUUCUUGGAGAUUUCUCUCCUGAACAGAACGAUGUUUCUCCGGUUCCUCAAGAUUCUGCAUUCGGAUCUUCAUUCAAUCCCGUUUCUCAAUUUGGAUUCCAACAACCCCUGCUGCCUGAAACUGCAGACUUUGCAGCUGAAAGCAACCAGGAAAGUGUAGAUGCCUUCGAGAACGGGGAAAAACUCCUGAAGAAUAAUGAAUGCUUCUUUGAGAACAAGGAAAAUGAUUCCAAGCCAAAUGAAGUCUUCGAGAAUAAUACGUGCUCCUUUGAGCACAAGGAAAAUGAUUUCAAGACAAAUGAAGCCCUCGAGAAUAAUAUAUGCUCCUUUGAGAACAGGGAAAAUGAUUUCAAACCAGAUGAAGUCCUCGAGAAUGAUGCAUCCUUCUUGGAAAACAAGGAAAAUGAUUUCAAGCCAGAUGAAGUCCUCGAGAAUGAUGCAUGCUUCUUGGAAAACAAGGGAAAUGAUUUCAAACCAGAGAAAGUCCUUGAGAAUGAUGCAUGCUUCUCGGAGAACAAAGAAAAUGAUUUCAAGCCAGAUGAAGUCCUUGAGAAUAAUAUAUGUUCCUUUGAGAACAAGGAAAAUGAUUUUAAGCCAGAUGAAGCCCUCGAGAAUAAUGCAUGCUUCUUCGAGAACAAGGAAAAUGUUUUCAAGUCAGAUGAAGUCUUCGAGAAACAGGAAGAAAUUCCCGACUUCGAGCCAGAAGUCCAAACAAACGAUAUUGAAUUUGAUCCAGAGAUUCAAGAGAAAUCGCAGACCAAGUUUGAGUUGAGUUUGGAGGCAGAACAUUUUGAAGAGAAGGUUCCUGAUGUAGCGCAGUUUUCAGAUGAAACAGACAAAUGUGUUCCGAUUGAGACUGAGAAGAUCGAAGCGAAUGAAAUCUUCGAACAGAAAACCAAUUACGCGCCAGUUUUGCAUCUUUCGGAAUCUCAAGAGUUUACAGGAUUGGAACGCCAGGUUAGUGAAGCUAAAGAAUUGGAGAAUAUUGUCGAAUACGCACAAGUCACGGAACCGACAGUUCAGAAGGAAAAUAUUGAUGUAGAGCAGAAGGAUGUUGUCGAGGAUGUUGUCAAUGACAAUGAUUUAGCUCGUGAAUUGACCGUGAAGGUUGAGAAACUGAAGAUAGAGGAACCGAAAAGCGAGGAACCUAUGAGCCAGGAAUUGACGAGCAACGAAGCGAAGAGUGAGGAACCGAAGAACAAAGUUCCUCUUGUUGCUGCUGCAGCUGCAGGAGCCGCAGUUGUUGCUGCGACCGCAGCAGCUGUGAAGGCAACAAAAAAGCCACCGACUACGGCUUCGAAGUCUUCAACAGCAAAAACUUCAACAGCAUCAAAGCCCACAAAAUCGUUGCCCACUUCUCCGACAAAAACGAGCACAGCCGCACGAACGACGGCCACAACAGCGAAGAAGCAAUCCACAACGAUAUCAAGACCAAAACAAUUAGACACCAAGCCUGCGACCGGAAUCGCGAGCAAAACGUCGUCUGCCUUUAAAGCCAAUCCAGCGCCAAAAGCUGCCACAACUGCUACGAAGAUGGCCACACGUCUCAGUACCGCUGCCCCCAAGCCGAGAACGUCCGUCUCUUCUCCAAAACCAGCAUCCGCUGCCGGGGAUAAGAAACCCACCACCAACGGUGAAGUUAAAUCCUUGGCGAGCAAAUCCACAGCUUCCAAACCAGCAGCGAGACCGACGAGCGCAGCUGCAUCCAGAACAACCCUAGUCAAGUCUUCCUCGACCACUCGUGCUUCCAGUUCUACUACUACUACCGCCGCUGCUGCUCCUGCGAAGUCGAGACUAGUGUCGACUUCCACGGUGACGAGAACUGCAACAAGAAGUGCUACGGCAACCACCAACAGGCCGAAGACAGCGCCAGCGACAACGGGAUCAACGGUUGGAUCCGCAAGACCACGCGUUCCAUCCGCAAAAUCUCCGAUGAUCGACAAGCAAAUAAAGGAAACGGCGAACAAGCAAAUUUCAUCUUCUCGUGUGAGUUCAGUGGGCGUCACAAGAACAAGUCGCCCAUCAACGGCAACUUCGACCACAUCUACGACAGUUAAGCGCACUACGACCCUCAAAUCUGCGACAGCUGCCACUGCCACAUCUGCAACCUCGCCGACGAAAAAACCCGCUCCCAUCUCAAAAAAUUACAAACCUCUCGCCAAGACUACCGUAAAAAGUGCCGGCUCAACGACGAAGAAGCCCGUUCAAAACGGCAAUUGUGAGGUUAAGAAAGUCGAAAGCGUCACCACGAUGACGACGACAAAUCUCGAGGAGGACGUGCCUCAAAAAGAUAUUUCGCCGAUUGCACCUCCCACUGACAAUCAACUCAUCAUGACCUCUGAAUGAACGGGGUUUGAUUCCACUCACGAAUUCGAUAGAGUUUAUACUACUGGCUUCUACUAUACGUUGCACCGAUAGCUUUCUUAUAAGUUUUGAAACCGGUAUCCGAUCGGCGACUCUUCGAUCACGUUUCUUAAAUCGUGUUCCUCAAAUCUCUCUUACAAAAUUCCUCGCAUGCUUGCAAGGUUUGUUCCUUUUUUUUUACUUCAAAGCACUUUUUUAAUUUACUUAAGACUCUUGCCCUCUAAAUUCAAGUUUUUAAAUCACAUAUCUUCGAAACUCCGAUUUUAACAAAACAUGACAAACUUACAGAACAAAGAAAGGGCUCAGAUCAAAGAAUUUCCAUUUUAACUUUGAUACUUUUCUAAGUCUCGAUGAAGGAUUUUUACAGCAAGAGAUUUCGGGAAUGAGCUUGAAGGGAUCGCUUGAUCCGCAGUAGUAAUUAUAUGAAGCGAACGAUAAAGUUUUUAAUAUACCUACGUAUGAUAAACGAAUAAUAUAUAGAUAUUAAAAGUUAUAUAUUUACCUAUUUCGACGUACCGUAUUAUCGCUUUACUGCUUCGGUGUGCUGUGAAGUCGCAUUGAAACUUAAUGAAGAAAAAGAAAGUUAAAAAGAGAGAGAGAAGGCUUGACUUCUGUUGUGUAAAUACGCAGUUGAUGGUGAAGAUUAUUCGUAGAUCGAAAAGCGCAGAGUCGCGUGGUGCUCGACACGGCCUUGCAUGUUUGAUUUUUAUGAUCAGGAGACGAUCGUUACUGUUUUUUGAUCGUAGCAGAUCGGCAAUUUGAAAGAGCUCGCUUGUUUCCGCUGAGAAAGGAUUCAAUAUUACGAUUUUGUUGAUGAGCGCGCAUGGAAUUGUAUUGCUCUUGUAGGAAAUUAUCUCAAGAUAAGAACCCUCGGAAAAUUUCUAUCGACUCAUAUCGUCUCUCGAUUGAAUUCAUAUGUCGAUUUUCCAACGGAUCUCUUAUCCUCGAGAGAAGGUAAACAUUUUUUAUAUUUUUUAAUUUUAUAUGUGCAUUAUAUAAUUCGUAAUUAUUCAUCGUACAUUGUAAACCUAUUUAUUUUGUUUGUUCCUAUCCGAAAGUUGAGUAUAAACCAACGAAAUCGUCACCGACUUCCUUGUACUACCGUCUAUAUGUACAGCACCUUUAUGAUUUAAUGUGAUACCUUAUUAUUAAAUAAAUUCGACAGUAUAAAGAAUAAAGUUUAUAAAAAAAGAGACGAGGGUGUUACUUCGAUUCGUCUGACGAUCGCAGUUUUCAUAUUUUACUUUAAGAACGGUUUAAUAAAUAAAAUAAAGAAUAAA